GAGUCAUUGGGAAAUGUUGAUGAUACGGCCUACUCGACCAUUCCAGAUUGGAAAAUACCGUUGACGAGGCGGUGAGUAAAUCCUUGAGAUUGAUCAGCAGAAUAAUUUUCAGUAUUGAAGACAGUACUUGUUGCUAAGACCGAUCGAAAUACAGGAGGCUCAUAUUCAGUUUGAUUUGUCGAUUCUUGAUCGGUUAAGAGGAGAAAGGCAGGCAUUGCGAGCUGCUAAAGAACUUGUAGAUUUGAUCGACGGAGAGGCCCUCUUUGCCUACUGUAGUCCCUACAAACGGGCGAUUGGAACUUGGGAUAUCAUUGAGGAUUACAUCGAAAGCAACAACAAAAAGAAAAAGAAUGACGAAGAACAAAGUAGCAACGAUAAAGAUAGAGUUGGGGUGGAAAUAAUUGGAAUGAGAGAAGAACCAAGAGUUGCCGAACAACAGUUUGGGAAUUUUCGUAAGUACAAUUCAGGUCAUGAUGGUUGUGAAACAUACCCUUAUCUGUAUUUUCUAUCAACGCAUUAUCCACUAACUCAUACAAAUUGCAUGCUCCUUCUUGGCACUGCCGUGCAUAAAAUGCAAUGAUUGAAAUCAUCUACUCACACACAGAAAAUCCACACAAGGUCCGUACAGCGAAAUCAGAACGACGGACUUUUGGACGGUUCUUUUUCCGCUUUCCUGAGGGCGAGUCGGGAAUGGAUGUAUACAGUAGAUGUAGUAGUUUCUUAGCAACGCUGUCGAGAGAUAUCAAACAAAUCGAUUUGCGAUAUUCCUACCUUCGCAAUCAAGAGACCAACAACAAAGCGAACGAAAACGAGACCGAAGCGGGUAAUCCGCUGUGUGCAAUGGCAGAUAUGAAUAUCCUCAUUGUCUGUCAUGGCUUGACCUUGAGAUUACUCUUGAUGAGAUACUUUCAACUAACGGUCGAAGAAUUCGAAAGUUCUUACAAUAGUCAAAAUGCGAAACUGGUUGUCAUGAAUCGAUUUGUUUACGAUGACAGUGAUGCAGAUACGGAUCCUGGAAAUAGAAAGUAUUACUGCAGCAUUACCGAUACGCACCAAUUUCGAGAAUACUAUAAAUUGGAUGAAGUUUCGAAAGAAGCUUUGAAUUUACUAGGAGACAUAAGCAACAAAAAGCCGUCUUACUGGCGAUCGUCGACAAGGAUGGACGAUGAAUUCAACGGUGGAUUGCUGUUGGUAGACGGUGACGACGACUUGGAAGAAUGAACAUCAUUGCUGAAAAAGAGAACUUCACAUAAAAUUACCACGUGAUC